AUGGAAGCCAAUGUGACCAUUCCAAUCUGGCAAAAUAAGCCUCAUGGGGCCGCUCGCAGUGUGGUGAGAAGGAUCGGAACCAACCUUCCCCUGAAGCCAUGUCCCCGGGCAUCCUUUGAGACCCUACCAAAUAUCUCGGACCUGUGUCUGAGGGAUGUGCCCCCAGUUCCCACCCUGGCUGACAUCGCCUGGAUUGCUGCGGAUGAAGAGGAGACCUAUGCCCGGGUCAGGAGCGAUACACGACCCCUGAGGCAUACAUGGAAGCCCAGCCCUCUGAUUGUUAUGCAGCGUAAUGCCUCAGUGCCCAACCUGCGUGGGUCUGAGGAGAGGCUCCUGGCUCUGAAGAAACCAGGUCUCCCAGCCCUGAGUCGCACGACAGAGCUGCAGGAUGAGCUGAGCCACCUGCGCAGUCAGAUUGCCAAGAUCGUGGCAGCUGAUGCAGCUUCGGCUUCAUUAACGCCAGAUUUCUUAUCUCCAGGAAGUUCAAAUAUCUCUUCUCCCUUACCUUGUUUUGGAUCCUCAUUCCACUCUACAACUUCCUUUGUCAUUAGUGACAUCACGGAGGAGACUGAGGUAGAAGUCCCUGAGCUUCCAUCAGUCCCCCUGCUUUGUUCUGCCAGCCCUGAAUGUUGCAAAACAGAAAACAAAGCCACGUGCAGCUCGUCUGAAGAGGAUGACUGCAUCUCUCUGUCCAAGGCCAGCAGCUUUGCAGACAUGAUGGGUAUCCUGAAGGAUUUUCACCGGAUGAAACAGAGCCAAGAUUUGAACCGGAGUUUAUUGAAGGAGGAAGACCCUGCCGUCCUUAUCUCUGAGGUCCUGAGGAGGAAGUUUGCCCUGAAGGAAGAAGACGUCACUAGAAAAGGACACUGA